GUAAUACUCUAUAGUCUAUAUGCACAUUUUGGACGUUUACUUCUCUUGUUACUUGCAACGAUAGCAUCCUUAAAAGCAUAACACUUUUUUUGCAUUUUCAAUCUUUUAUCCAAAUUUCCUGAUGUAAUUGUAAUGCAUUCGCACGUAGUGUACGUCCCGUGGGAUCACAUGCACAAUACAGGCUUCCAAUCCAUGACUGGAACGCACAUUAUUAUGCAACACUACACUCCCCAGCAUCAAGCCGACACGCACAUAUCUGCCGGUUGCAAGUACGUGCCCGGCGCAGCGUGGUCCCACAUUGUGGAUGGCAGCAGCAUUGAUCGUACCGCGCGCCGCACGACACGGCAAUCCAGCAGUGUUCGUGUUCGGCAACGGCGGCUUGGCCGUCAACAUCAAUAACACCACCGUCAGUUCUGCUUCCAACUCCUCGUCAUUAUCAUCAUUCAUGCAGAAGCAGUAGCGCAAUUCAUUCCUGUACAUACUUUUUAUGAGAUCUGGCUUGUAGCGCCUUCUCCACAAUCGCUUCCGUGUAGGAAUUUUAUUACCAGUGUUUUUUCCUGUGUUGACAUUUACUGUGCACACACCAUACCUCCAUUCCCUAGCGUUUCCACUGCAUUAUACACGGAUAUUCCUGUUGGAUUAUUGAAUUCCGUGCUCGGUAGCUGAAGUCAGUUUGAUGUGGUUGUGAAUGCCAACGGUCGCGGUGAAUGUCCAAACGGGCAAAAAAUGAUGCACUGUCCGUUCACGCGCAACGGGCUGGGUUUAGGCAGUCCGCAGAAUGCCGCACCGGACACGUUACGGACCUCUCCGUUACCCCCGACCGGAUCCACAGAAAAUGUGGAUUCACCGGUUACUCAGGAUGCUGUCAUUACUCCCAGCAACGGAGAGGCAGUUACACCGGCCCCGGAUGGUGAUUAUGACGCCGAACAUGCGGAUUCCAAGCGGCUGAAUCUUCGCCAUCUGACCAAAGCAGUUGGCACGUUUGUGUUAAUGCCAACGAAUUUUUUACGGUCAGCUUUCCGCCGCCUGUUGGUACAUCUGGACAGCACUUUGUGGAUAAUUGUGAAGAGUGAAUUAUACCUGAACGAAGAAGAUUUUCCCCUGAACCCAUUAUCCAUUGGGCAGGCACAUUACGACUUUCAAGGAGCGGAAGUCAUAGCGUCCUGCAUCAGUUGUCUGAGCCAGAAGCUUGGCACCGCAGAGCCCGAUCUCUGGAGACGCCUCGGUCAACAGUUCGCGUCCCUCUGCUAUUUGGAAUUCCCCAGUGCAUUGCGGUGUGUCGGCAGCACACUGCAGGAUUUUUUCGGUAGUCUGGACUGCUUCCAUAGCCAUCUGUCCAAGGCGGAGGAGUUCCGUACAUCGAUGUGGGCGCCCCCUUUCGUCCGCUGUAUCCCCGGGGAUUUCGACCAGUUAGAUAUCCAGUACGCCACAGAUGCCCAACGUCCCAUGGAUAUAGCAGCGUUUCUCCUCGGGGUCAUCCAGCAGAUUGCCAGCAGCGUGUUUAGCGUGGAUGUCACCGUGGACUCGGUAGCAAUAAGCCCGGAUACGAAAAGCAAUUAUGUCGGCGCAGAACGCAACGGAUCAGCCGUUAAGACCUUUCUAUACCGUGUCAGUGUCAAUGAGAAGCCCGGAUCACCGACUUAUAAAACGGUUAUCGGAAAGCUACUUAAUCGGCAUCCCGAGAAAUUAUCCCAUGAUCCCCGCGAUUUACCCGUUAAACCCAGCGCUUUCUGUGCGGCGUUUCCGUUUCAUUUCAUGUUCGACCGCAAUUUGCAGUUACAGCAGAUGGGUGUCGGUUUGUUGCGCAUCUUUUCUUCCAUGUUAGCCAGCGAUCUCAACGUUUGCACAUAUUUUAAUCUAAUUUCUCCUUGCCUCAUUCCGGUGUCCUUUGAUAACAUCUUGCUAACCAUGCACGUGCCCUUUAGGCUGGCACUGCGGGAGGUACAGAGUGGUCAGCAAAAAAGUUUACAAGGCAUGGAGUUGAAAGGUCAAAUGCACUUCUGUCCGGAGUCUAACCUGAUGAUUUUCAUUGGAUCACCGGUCGUGGAAAAGUUGGAAGAACUGACUGGACGCGGUCUGUACAUCUCCGAUAUUCCCAUUCAUGACGCUACCCGGGACGUUAUCUUGGUGGGUGAACAGACCAAAGCGCAGGAUGGCCUAAAGAAACGCAUGGAUAAACUGAAGACCAGCAUUGAGGAGGCUAACCGCGCCGUAGAGGAUGAACGGCAGAAGAAUGUCGAUCUUUUGCAUCUUAUCUUCCCACCGGAUGUAGCUAGGAAAUUAUGGCUGGGGCAAACCGUUGAGGCGGAAACCAUUGACGACGUCACAAUGUUGUUCAGCGACAUUGUCGGCUUUACGGCCAUCUGCGGUAUAGCCACGCCCAUGAUGGUCAUCGAUAUGCUUAACCGUCUGUACACUCGUUUUGACGCGGAAACCGUCAAAUGUGAUGUUUACAAGCUGGAAACCAUCGGUGACGCCUUUAUUUGUGUGGGAGGAUUACACAAUAGACCGGCGCCCUGGCACGCCCAGCAGGUUGCAUGGAUGGCUUUGAAAAUGAUGCGACAUGCAAAGCAAGAGAUUGCUCCCGAUGGAAACCCUAUUAAGAUGCGAAUUGGACUGCACACUGGCUCGGUGCUAGCCGGUGUUGUGGGUAUCAAAAUGCCGCGCUACUGCCUGUUUGGUAAUAAUGUCACGAUUGCCAAUAAAUUUGAGUCAGGAAGUGAACCGGAAAAAAUCAAUGUCAGCCCAACAACCUAUCCGCUUCUAUGCAAAACUCGAGGCUUCGUAAUGACGGCGAGACCACGAAACUGCUUGCCAAAGGGAUUCCCAGCGGAUAUACCCGGCACUUGUCACUUCCUGGAGCUGUACAAGCACCCUUCUGUGUCGGUCGACAAGGAUGGACCGGAAGUCGAUCACAUUGCUCUGGGCUUGAAAGAACUCAAUAUCGGUCAGCAAAGCGCUGCUGGCAGCCAGGGACGAACAAACUCCCAUAAUCAGCCCCACCAAGGUUCUAACAACGCUGUUCCCAAUUCCAACGGCUAUGCUUAAGAAUGUACUUACUAUCUGGCUACCAUUUUUUUCCAAAUUUAAUAACUAAGUACGCUUAGUUGGUAGUAGUGUUGUGUCGCCUUCAUCUUGCAUGCACCUGACUUGAACUAGACUUCAAUAACGGUUUUAUUGUAUUUUAAUUUUGAAUGGCAUGGAAAUAUACGACAAUAAGGAACUCCAAUCAUGUAGAAAGCUUCCUUGAGAUAUCUAAAUAAAU